AUGUUUGGAACCUAUUUCCUUCUCAGCACUGUCUGCCUAGUUACCUGUGAUGUCUUCUUGUUCUCCAUCCCAAAGUUGCUGAGCCUUUUCCUGAAGUUCAGCAAAGAUCAAGAAGCACCAAGCUGGCAUGGUUAUUUCUAUGCCUUCACUAUGUUCCUUUUGGCUUGUCUCCAGACUCUGUUUGAACAACGUUACAUGUACAUGUGUCUUGUUCUGGGGUUGAGACUGAAAACUGCAGUAACAGGGCUUGUGUACAGGAAGAUCCUAGUUAUGUCACAUGCAUCAAGAAAAGCAGCAACAGUGGGUGAAAUUACUAACCUGGUAUCUGUUGAUGUCCAAAAGCUAAUGGAUCUGGUUAUCUAUUUUAAUGGCAUCUGGCUUGCUCCUAUUCGGAUUAUCAUCUGCUUUGUUUUCUUGUGGCAGCUUCUUGGGCCAUCUGCCUUGACUUCGAUUGCUGUAUUCCUUUUUCUUUUGCCUCUCAAUUUCAUCAUCACAAAGAAGAGGAGUCAGUUUCAGGAGACACUGAUGAAACAUAAAGAUGAGCGAGCUAAACUCACCAAUGCCAUUCUCAGCGACAUGAAAGUAAUCAAACUGUAUGGCUGGGAGAAAAUCUUCAUGGAGAAAGUGCUUGGUAUCCGGAAAAAAGAACUUCAGGCCCUAAAAAGAUCUCAGAUUCUCUUCUCAGCAUCUCUAGCUUCUUUCCAUUCAUCAACUUUCCUGAUUUCCUUUGUCAUGUUUGCUGUGUACACCCUGGUGGAUAACACGCAUGUCCUGGAUGCUGAGAAGGCCUUUGUAUCUUUAUCACUGAUCAACAUUCUCAACUUUUCUAUUUUAAAUCUUACUCUUUUGUGUGCUUCUUCAUUUCAGGCCAAAGUUUCUUUAAACCGCCUAGCUGCUUUUCUGAAUCUGGAAGAACUGACUCCCAAGAGCUCAAGCAGAAACACUUCUGACUUACAGGCAAGUAUCACCAUAAAAAAUGGGACUUUUUGCUGGAGCAAAGAAACUUCUCCUUGUCUCAGAAGGAUAGAUCUUACUGUGCCCCAAGGCUCCUUGCUUGCUGUAGUUGGCCAGGUGGGUGCUGGGAAGUCCUCCUUGCUGUCAGCAUUACUUGGUGAGCUGGAGAAGAUAGACGGCUGUGUGACCAUGAAGGGCACUACAGCUUAUGUCCCCCAGCAAGCUUGGAUACAAAAUGCUUCAGUGGAAGAUAAUAUUCUCUUUGGGAGAGAGAUGGAUGAGAUAUGGUUCAAUGGAGUGAUAGAUGCUUGUGCACUGCAACCUGAUUUGGAGAGCUUCCCUGCAGGGCAGAAGAGUGAAAUAGGAGAGAAGGGAAUAAACAUAUCUGGAGGGCAGAAGCAAAGAGUGAACCUUGCUCGUGCUGUGUACCAGAAGGCUUCAAUUUACCUUCUAGAUGACCCCCUCUCAGCCAUCGAUGCCCAUGUUGGACAGCAAAUAUUUGAACAUGUCCUUGGACCCAAUGGCUUGCUGAAGGACAAGACUCGUGUGCUGGUGACUCACACAAUUAACAUUUUGCCUCAAGUGGACAACAUUGUUUUUCUGGUGGAUGGAACAAUCUCAGAAAUUGGUUCCUACCAAGAACUUCUACAGAGAAAUGGGGCCUUUGCAGAAUUUCUCCAUUCACACAUUGCUGCAGAAGAGAAGGCAGACUCUGGUUUUCCAGGAGGCACCAAAGGCAUCACUACCUGUAGAAACAGUCCAUCACAGAAGAAGCCCUUCAGAGGCAGUUCAGUCAAAUCUUCAGCUACGGGAAAGGAGACCAUUCCUCUAAGUCAAGACUGUACCACUGCUGCAGCCAGCAAAGGAAGAUUAACCAAGGAAGAGCACACUCAGUAUGGCAGGAUCAAUACCUGGAUUUAUGCAGCCUACCUGAGGGCAAUGGGCUUACCACUGUGCGCGUACAUCAUCCUGAUGUUCACAUGCCAGCAAGCUGUGUCAUUUUCUCGUGGCUACUGGCUCAGCAUGUGGACAGACGAUCCUGUUCACAAUGGGACACAAGAGUACACAGAGCUAAGAGCUGGGGUUUUUGGUGCACUAGGAAUAAUUCAAGCCCUGUGCAGAUUUGCCUCCAUAGCAGCAGUCCUUCUAGGUGGUGUGUUAGCCUCCCACAACCUGUUUCUGCAGUUGCUGAAGAACGUUACUAGAUCCCCAAUGGUCUUCUUUGAGCAAACCCCCAUUGGAAACUUGCUGAACCACUUCUCCAGAGAAAUGGAUGCUAUUGAUUCUGUCAUCCCUGACAAGCUGAAGUCUUUGCUGGGAUUCUUCUUCAACUUGCUGGAAAUCUACAUUGUGAUUAUAGUGGCUACACCAAAGGCAGCAAUCGCCAUAGUGCCUUUGACUGUUCUUUAUGCUGCAUUUCAGCACUUCUACGUCAUCACCUCCUGCCAGCUGAGACGCAUAGAGGCUGCCAGCAGGUCACCCAUCUACUCCCACAUUUCAGAAACUUACCAAGGGAGCAGUGUGAUCCGUGCUCACAAGGACCAGGAGAGGUUUAUUUUGAAGAGCAAUUUUCUAGUGGAUGAGAAUCACCGAAUGUGCUUCCCUGGAGCAGUUGCUGACAGGUGGCUUGCUACAAACCUGGAGUUCCUAGGCAAUGGCAUUGUGUUGUUCGCAGCACUGUUUGCAGUCAUGGGCAGAACACACCUUAGUCCAGGAACUGCUGGCUUCUCCAUUUCAUAUGCUCUUCAGAUAACUGGUGUUCUGAACUGGAUGGUGCGCUCCUGGACAGACAUAGAAAACAACAUUGUUUCUGUGGAGAGAGUGACAGAAUACUUGAAGACUCCUAAGGAGGCACCCUGGGCUCUGAAUAGCAAACUUCAAGAGAAAGUUUGGCUCACUGAAGGAAAAAUUGAAUUUAGAAACUAUAGUUUGAGGUACAGGCCAAAUUUGGAGUUAGCACUGAAGCACAUCACCCUAACCAUCAACGGACAGGAGAAGAUUGGCAUAACUGGAAGAACAGGAGCUGGGAAAUCUACUCUUGCUGUGGGAUUGCUGCGAUUAGUGGAAGCAGCGGAAGGAAUGAUCUUAAUUGAUGGACUAGAUAUUGCUCAACUAGGUCUCCAUGACCUUAGAACCAAGAUAACUGUCAUUCCCCAGGAUCCAGUUUUGUUUUCUGGCUCUCUAAGAAUGAAUCUCGACCCACUAAACCAAUACACUGAUGCAGACAUCUGGACAGCUCUGGAACUGGCUCAGCUCAAGAACUUUGUUGCAGACUUGCCAGAUCAGUUGGAAUAUAAAUGCACUGACCAAGGGGAAAACCUAAGCACUGGUCAGAAACAGCUGGUUUGUCUGGCCAGAGCACUUCUUCGGAAAGCCAAAAUCCUGAUUCUAGAUGAGGCCACAGCAGCAGUAGAUUUAGAAACUGAUCUUCAGAUUCAGUCCAUCCUGAGGACUCAGUUCAAAGACAGCACAGUGUUAACAAUAGCUCAUCGGAUAAACACCAUCAUGGACUGCGACAGGAUUUUAGUCUUGGAAAAUGGUCAGAUAGCUGAAUUUGAUACUCUGGAACACUUAAUAGCUCAGAAGGGACUAUUCUACAGACUGAUGGAAGAAUCAGGCCUUGCAUGA